AUGUUGGCCGAAGAACUUAAUAGUAAAGAAUCACGUGAACUUCUGUCGGCAGUAGAUCGAAUGCGAGAAAUUUUACAGGGAAAUCAAAUUUGUUUACCAGAAAUAGUCGUUGUCGGUGACCAAUCUGUAGGUAAAUCAUCCGUCCUAGAAGCUAUAUCUGGAAUUCAAUUACCUCGAGCACAAAACAUCUGUACUCGAUGUCCAUUAGAAUUACGUAUGAAAGUAACAACAGGUGAUGAAUAUGCUAUUAUACAUAAUAGUCAAACUCCGGUAGAUGCAAUGAAAACUAUCUAUGACAUGGAAGAUAUUGCUGAUGAAGUUAUUCGUCUAACCAAUGAUAUUGCAGGAAAUGGAACUAAUGUUAGUUCACAUCCAAUCUAUUUGACAGUUUACAAGCGUAAUAUACCAUAUGAUUUGACAUUGAUUGAUUUACCGGGUAUAACUCGAAAUCCUUUACCUGGUCAAGCAAAAGAUAUUCAUGCUCAAAUUUUAACCUUAAUUAACAAGUAUAUCGAACCAUCAACUGCUAUAAAUUUUUUAAAUUAUGCUUUCAUAUAA